AUGUCCAAUUUCAUUGGUAGUUCAUUAUUAUUACCCAUAGCCAUCCUAUUUCUAUUGCUCCCACAUUCUUGGAGUGUUGACAUCCGUACUCAGCAAUUGAUAGGUGACAUUUGUAGGAGAACUUAUAAUUAUGGGUAUUGUAUCGACGUGUUUUACAAGAAUUUGUAUAAGCCCACGAUGGAUAUCAAAGGAUUAACUGAAAUAGCGGUGACGCAGUCAUUAUUACACACGUCGGAUACCCUGAAAUUCAUAGUGAAGUCGUUGGAUUCAGAAAGGAGAUCGGACAUAAGAGAUGUUUACAACUUUUGUAGGACUUCCUACAACAGUGGUUUGAGUAAAUUGACAGACGCCCUUUUGGCAUUUGCUAAAGGAGACUAUAAAAACAUGCCAAUUUUGUUGUUACAGGGUGACAGGUCUCUGAGCAAUUGUCAGGCUUUUGCGGACAAUAGGGUGCCACGUUUGGCUGAUGAAAAUGGUAAAAAUAGAGAGUUGAUUCAAAUGUCACUUGUGAGUGGCCAGCUUAUUGGGCACGUGUGA